GAAGUGAGAUCCACAACGUGGUUUCAACCGAAAGUAGAAAACACAGUGCUGUGUUGUUGUAUUGACACUUUAUUGCAUCACUAUGUCUGAAAUCGCAUUACUUACAGCCCGUGCUGAACAAUCGGAAACAGAAAUUAAGCAUUUAGAGGAGGAGAUCAAACGCCUUCAGGACCCUCAGCGUAUGUUAGCUGAUGGAAUCAUAUCUCCAGAACUGGACAAAUUGAGGACAGAGAACGCCAAGCUCAACUACCAAAUCAACCAUUUGAAAAGGAGCCUUGCUGCAGAGACACAGAGAAAGCCAAAGAACAUGCUGAGUAUUGGGAUCAUAGUGGAAGAGUUAUUUGGCCGGGCCCUCCGUUGUGCCUAUCCAGACCUGGACAACAUCCCUGUCAUGAUACAGGGCAGCUCAAAGUUUGCUGACUACCAGUGUAACUCUGCCAUGGUGAUAGCUGCGAAACUGAAAUCACAGGGUGUGAAGGUUCCUCCAAAGGAAAUUGCACAAAAUAUUGUAGCUUGCUUGCCAGAAUCUGAAUACUUUUCCAAGGUGGAAGCAGCACCCAAUGGAUUCAUCAACAUUGACCUCAACAAGAAUUUUGUGUCAGAACAGAUUAGUAGUUUACUCCAAAAAGGGCCGACCCCACCAAAUGUUGGCAUCCAAAAACGUAUUGUUGUCGACUUCUCCUCACCAAACAUUGCUAAGGAAAUGCAUGUCGGACACUUAAGGUCAACCAUUAUAGGUGAGAGUCUUUGUCGUUUGCUCGAGUGGGUCGGUCAUGAUGUUUUACGUCUGAAUCAUCUUGGAGAUUGGGGCACACAAUUUGGUAUGCUAAUAGCCCAUCUCAAGGACAAGUUCCCUAACUAUCUCUCUGUGUCUCCACCAAUCAAGGACCUACAGGCAUUCUACAAGGAAUCAAAGGUUCGUUUUGAUGAGGAUGAAGCCUUUAAGAAGCGAGCUUACGAGGCUGUGGUGAAGCUCCAGAAUGGUGAUGAGGCUCAUCGGAAAGGAUGGAAUCUCAUUUGUGAUGUCUCUAGGAAAGAAUUUCAAAAGGUGUAUCAACGUCUUGGAGUCUCUAUUGUGGAACGAGGCGAGUCUUUUUAUCAGCCAUUGAUGGGGGCUAUUGUGAAAGAGUUGGAAGAAAAUGGCCAUCUGGUCCUAGAAGAUGGACGGAAGGUUAUGUAUAUACCCGGGGCUGCUGCACCUCUAACGGUCGUCAAGUCUGACGGCGGAUUUACCUACGCUACGUCUGACCUUACCGCCAUCAAACAACGCCUCAAGGUGGAGAAGGGUGACUGGCUCCUCUAUGUUGUGGAUGCUGGACAGAACCUACAUCUCCAGUCUAUCUAUGACGCUGGAGUGAUGGCAGGCUGGUACGAUCCUAAACAAGUUCGUGUGGAGCAUGUUAUGUUCGGUGUUGUCCUCGGAGAAGAUAAGAAAAAGUUUAAAACUCGAUCAGGAGAGGUAGUCCGGCUAGUGGAUCUGUUAGAUGAAGGUGUAAAGCGAGCCGAAAUGAAGCUUAUGGAAAAGGGUCGAGAUAAGGAGCUAACAAAGGAAGAGAUGAAGAAAGCAAUGGAGGCAGUAGCGUAUGGAUGUAUAAAAUACAACGAUCUCUCUCAUAAUCGUAAUCAUGAAUAUGUCUUCUCCUUUGAUAGGAUGUUAGAUGACAGAGGAAACACAGCAGCCUACCUGUUGUAUGCCUACACUCGAAUCAGGUCUAUUGCCCGUACAGCACAAGUUUCUCCAGAGCAAUUAACGGAUGCUGCAACAAAGACCAAAAUUGUGCUUGACCACCCGAAGGAAUGGAAGCUUGCUAAGUGCCUGCUGCGAUUCCCCGAGGUCAUCCUCAAGUGUCUGGACGAUCUCCUUAUACACACUCUGUGUGACUUCCUGUACGAGGUGGCGACAACCUUCUCAGAGUUUUACGACAACUGUUAUUGUAUAGAGAAAGACAAAUCAGGUAAAAUUGUGAAGGUGGACAUGAGUCGGAUCCUUUUGUGUGAAGCCACUGCCAGCGUAAUAGGUGCCGGGUUCCACAUCCUCAGUAUCACUCCUGUUGACAAGAUGUGAUCAGUCAACAUCUGAAAUGUGCUGUACAUCAGGAUAUCUGUGAUUACUGAACAUAAUUUCGAAGUGAAAAAACAUCAGAAUGGCCUUUUUCAAGACAGAAAAAUUCUAAACUACCUUGAAACAAAAUGCUUUUAUAGUGUUCGACAAGAUAUAAGAUCUUACAAGUACAAAUAUCGAAAAAAUACCUCUUUUCUCGUUUCUUUAGAUUGAUCUUUGCUGAUGUUCUAAUGGGUCAGUCUGCAUAUGUACAAGUAAAGUAUGAAGAAUUGAAA